UAUCCAUUGGCCAAGAAUUAUAAAGCAAUUCUUCAACAAGUGUAAGAAUAGAAUCUUGUUUUGGAUAUGAUAACUCAAUAUCCAGUUGUGUGAACUCCGGUUGGCGAUCCGGUCUAGAUCCUUCAUCUCUGGAUUCACCAUUGCCUCAGGUCUCCGAGCUACUACACCAGUAAUUCUCAAAAUACUUUCAAAAGGAAUAUUAUCUAAAGUUAAAAACUUAUGCUGUACAGCUUCAGGAUUUUAUGAAUAAUCAGGAAGAAAGGAAUAACUUGAUAGUUUUCAAUGUUUCUAAAAAUGAACUGUUUAAAGUUACUGAAAACAUGAAAAUAUUGCACAAAAAGUUGAAAUUUAAUUGGAAAAUAUCAAUUAACAAGGACGAAAUAAACGAGAGAAGUUUAUCAGGAGCAAAAAUAUUUAUCUUAGGAGGUCCACGAGAGAAAUUUUCUGAAAAAGAAAUUGAACACAUAAAAAUUUAUAUCAACAAUGGUGGUUCAGUCGUUGUCUUAUUAGGCGAAGGCGGCGAGAGCAAGUUCGAUACAAAUAUUAACUUUUUGUUAGAAGAAUUCGGAAUAAUGAUAAACAAUGAUUGCGUUGUACGUACACAUUAUUAUAAAUAUUAUCAUCCCAAAGAAGCCCGAGUCUCUCAAGGAAUUACAAACAGAAUUAUAACUCAACAAGAUAAACUGCAUUUUGUCUACCCUUAUGGGGCCACAUUAAACGUAGUCGAGCCUUCAAUUGUUUUAUUGUCUUCGGGAACAGUUUGUUACCCUAUGCAAAGGCCUGUGGCAGCUUAUUACAAAAACCAAAAUAGAGGAAAGCUGUUGGUUUUGGGUUCAGGAUAUUUCAUAUGUGACCAGUAUAUCGAUCAGGAUGAUAAUUGGUGCAUUUGGCAAACUCUGAUGACUUUGAUAACGACCGAUGAUAUGGAACUUAAUAGGAAUGAUAUACAUGAACCAGAUAUAAUAGAUUAUUACUUGGCUGGUGAUCUGGUUAAAUUAGCUGAUAAACCAAGAUUGUGCCUGAUCGAUUCUAUCGAAACAGAAGUCCCAAGUGAUUUUAGACAACUGUUUAAUAUGGAAUUGUAUUCCAUAAAUACCGACUUAGUACCUGAUGUAAUGAAGGCUUAUGAAAAACUAAAUGUGAAGUACGAAGAAUUGUCUAUAAUAACACCACAGUUUGAAAUUCCUUUGCCACCACUGGAAUUAGCAGUUUUUCCGCCCCAAUUUAUGGAACUGCAACAUCCUCCCCUAGAAUUAUUCGAUUUGGAUGAAGCUUUCAGUUCGGAGCAAUCAAAAUUAGCACAACUUACUAAUAAAUGUAUAACAGCAGCAAAAAAUAAAUCCGUUCCUAGUAAUCCAAGUGAUCCUUUGCCGGAUUCUGUUGAGAAGGAACUGGAGUAUUUUAUUCGGGAAUGUGGACUCAUAAUAAAUGCUUGUACUGAAGAUUCUUCGACAUCUGGAAAGGAGAUUUUGAAUGUUAUCGGACUUAAAAUUGCACAUUAUAAGAAAUUAGCAUCGAAAUAG